AUGGUUUACUUGCGGGAUGCAGUAGUUGACGAUAGCGCGAGCGGAAUGCAGGCUAUACAGUCUGGUAAAAAUGGCCUUGUGAGGGCGCACCGUCUUCUUCACACGACGCUCAUGUGCUCGACUAUGACAUUCCAGCUUUACCCCUUCGACAAGCAGACCUGCAGCAUGACGUUUGUGCCUCUGAGGGGCGACGCCGACAUCAUCAGACUGGAUUUGUUGACUCCGGGUGUUACGGGCAUCAAGGAUCUUACCUUGGGAGAGUGGACCGACUUCGUGGUCUCGGAGUCGGCCGGAGUCGAGGACGUUUGGCAUUUCAACGAGGUCGUCGCCUGGCCGUAUGCCAAGGGCACGUUCGGCAUGAAGAGGAUCACCCGGGGCCGGCUCUACAACAUGGUCUUGCCAUCUUUCCUGAUGACAAUUCUGUCUUAUUGCGGGUAUUGGAUCAACCCGUCUGCUGCGCCAGGCCGCGUCACUCUGGCCAUGAUCGCCGUGUUGGCCACCAUUGCACACCGCGGGAGCGUGCUGUCGCUCCUCCCUACGGUGUCUUACAUGGUUUGGAUCGAUGCCUACAUCACCAUGAACCUCAGCUUCAAUGUCAUCGCAGUAAUCAGCUACGCCGCAGUCACGAUGGCGGAUUUUGGCCUGCAGCGCCAGGCCGCGGAGAAGAGGGCGGAGGACGCGGCGAGGAAAAAAAGCGACGGCGCGUCGGGUGCCACGGACGGCGGCAUUGAGGAGCUGGUGAGCGACAAGGGCCGGUCGGUGGACGCCGACGGCAGUUGGCGGCUCAGGGUCAUGCACAUGAACGGCAGCUUGAUUUGCGAGUUGGCGACGGGGCGGCUGCAGCAGGUGGGGCAAGUGAAGCAGAUGCUCGUGGCCACCACGAGCAUCCCGGCCCGUUUUCAGCGCCUCGCGCACGGGUGCCGCACUCUUGACGACGACCGCACGUUGGCCGACGAAGGCUUGGAGGACGGCGCGGAAGUGACGCUGGUAAAGUGCGCCGUGGACAUGCCGUCCUUCCUUUCGGUGGCUGUGGACGACCCCGUGCUCGUGCCCUACCUGGCGGGAUGCCGUGCCGAUCCCGACGAGGCGGACGAGAACGGCUGGACAGCGCUCCACUGGGCUGCGCACCAGGGCCAUGUCUCUUUCGGCCUCGCGCUGCUCGCCAGCCCCGCCUUCACCGCCGUCAACGCCAGAGACGUCGGCGGCACCACCGCCUUGCACACGUGCGCGCGGCUUGGUCGCCUGGACCUGUGCCGCGGGCUGCUGGCCCGACAGGACCUGAACUCCUUGGACGAGCGCUCCACCAACGGAAAUACCGCCCUGCACUGGGCCGCGCGCAGCGGCCACUCCGACGUCUGCCUUCUCCUGCUGGGGACGGAGAGGUACGGCGCCGUCAACGACCAGAACCUGCACGGGUGGACGCCGCUCCACUACGCGGCGGCCGGAGGGCUCCUCGAGGUGUGCAGGGCGCUCCUGGACCACCCGAAGGCCACGGCCCCCGACCAGCAGACCAACAACGGGGAGACCGUGCUGCACUGGGCCGCCCUGAACGGGAACCUCGAGAUCUGCAGGCUCCUCGUGGACCGCGUGGACGCCGCCCAGCCAGACGUGGAGGGCCUGACGGCCUUCGACGGCGCCCGGGCGGCGCUGCUGUCCGCGCGCCCCGCGCCGUGUGGACAGCGCGCGCUCGCUGCCAUCUGCGAGCUGCUCCGGCCGCUCACGCCAGGGGCCACGGAGGUCAAGGCCCCGACUGUGUACUGGUUGACUGCACGUCGCCUGGGGGCCCCCUGUGGUGGACAGCGGGCGCCCUCCCCCGCCCCGGCCGUGCCGCUGCAGAGCGUGCCCCGGGCGGCGCAGCGGGGCCGCCGCGGCCUCACGCUCGGCGCGCUGUGCCUCCUGGGCCUCGCGCUGCGCGCGGCCUGGCGCUCGGCGGGCCCGGCCUUCGCGGGCGCCUCGCGGGCGCCGGUCGUGCGCAGUGUCGGCGACGGCUUCCUGGACCUGGCGGCGGUGGAGCCGGCGGUGGCGAGCUACGUGGGCAUCUGGAAGCCCUUGUUCCUGGAGGCCAAGGAGAGCGGCUUGGCCCCGGAGUUCCUGCUCCGCUGGGGCCACCCCCUGGCCAUGGGCACGGUGUUGCUGGCCAUGGGCGGGUACGGCACGUUCCUCGGCUGGACGACGCGCUUCGGCAACGGCGAGGCGGUGUACCCCCUCAAUCUAGGCUACAAGAACUCCGACCUGCACGUGCUCCUCAUGGGUGGUGCGCUGUUCUUCUUCUUCCUCGGCGGCCAGGGCGGCCUCAUCCUGCUCGCCACUGCUGGACAGCCGGUCCUGACCUCCGCGCACUCCUCCACGGCCGUGAUCGGCCUCGCGCUCAUGGGCGCGCAGGCGGCCCUGGGCCUGACCAUGGGUGACUCCGAAUUCAAGCGCACCGCGCAUGCCUUCUUCGGCUCCGGCGUGAUGGUGCUCCUCCUCGUGCACAUGUACUUCGGCCUGAACCUGGGCUCGUCCUUCUGA